CAUCCAUGAAUUCAUGUGUUCAUUGGAGGAGGAAAUUGUAGGUUCUAAGAAAAUUCAAGAAUUUUUGAAAGAGGAAAAACAAUUUGACUUGGUUAUAGUUGAGUUGUUAAACCUUGUAGGCCUUAGUUUUGGCCAUAAAUAUAAUGCUCCCGUUGUUGGGGUAACUUCAUUCUUUGGUUUAUUAAAUACCCAUGAGGUUAUGGGCAAUCCACGACAUCCUGCCUUUAUGCCUGACGUUUUACUUGGAUUUGGAGAACGGAUGAAUUUCCUUGAACGAAUUCAAAUUACAGCUUUUAACAUUUGGUAUAGAUAUUUGCAUCACUGGGUUAUUGUUCCUGGGUGGGAUAAAAUUGCUAGAAAAUACUUUGGAAAUGAUCUUCCUUAUGUUGGUGAUAUGGAAAAAAAUAUAUCGUUGGUACUAAUAAACACAAAUGCAGUACUAGAUUAUGUUAAACCGACAGUUCCUGGUGUAAUAGAAAUUGGUCAAAUGCAUAUCAGACCCAAAAAGCCUCUACCAAAGGACUUGAAGGAUUACUUGGACAAUUCCAAAAACGGAGUGGUUUACUUCAGUUUGGGAUCAAAUGUGAUAAGCUCAAAUAUGGCUCCAGAAUUUCUCAACGCUGUCAAAGACGCCAUGUCUGAAUUACCUUAUGACUUUGUGUGGAAAUGGGAAGCUGAUGACUUCCCAAACAAACCAAAAAAUGUUCUAGCACAAAAGUGGUUACCACAACAAGAUCUCCUAGGUCACCCCAAAAUAAAAGCUUUUGUAACUCAAGGAGGCUUGCAAUCCAUGGAAGAAGCUAUAACUAACGCUGUCCCAAUGGUAGUUAUUCCAUUUGGUGGUGAUCAGCAGUACAAUGCCAAACGAAUGGUCCAUAUGAAAAUUGCUAAAGAAUUAAAUUUCCAAUCGCUCAUUAAGAAAGAUUUCAAGCAAGCUCUAACUGAAAUAGUUGAAAAUGAAAUGUACAAGAGGAAUGUUGUGAAGUACAGUAAACUUCUUGUGGACCAACCAAUGACAGGCCUAGAAAAAGCCAUGUGGUGGAUUGAGUUCACUUUAAGGCACAAAGGAGAUUUUAAUUUAAAAGGAUAUGGAGCUGAUGUCCCGUACUACCAAUAUCUGUUCCUUGAUAUGAUUGGUUUAUUUUUAGUUAUAAUUUUAGUGACAAUUUUAUUAGUAAAACAAAUUGUUAAAACAAUUAAUCGAGUAUUAAAUGGUCAUAAAUUAACAAAAAAAAUAAAACGUAACUAAGUAUUUAAAUUUAUUAUUUGAAUACUUAUCAAUAGUACAACGAAUAUACCAUGUUAAAAAUGUAAAAAUAUUUGUUUGCCAUAAGAAUGAAUAAAAGUGAACAACAUUGAAUGCGAAUAACCAUUGUAUGUGAAAAAUCUCUCUUUUCUUUAUAAUUUAUCGGAAUCAUUAUAGUAAA